AUGUAUGUGCUAAUUAAUUGCUAUCUUCGUCAAAUUCCGUUUUCCCUCCCUAUCUAUCUAUCUCAGUCAGUUCAUAUCUAUCUAUCUAUCUAUCUAUCUAUCUAUCUAUCUAUCUAUCUAUCUAUCUAUCUCAGUCAGUUCAUAUCUAUCUAUCUAUCUAUCUAUCUAUCUAUCUAUCUCAGUCAGUUCAUAUCUAUCUAUCUAUCUAUCUAUCUAUCUCAGUCAGUUCAUAUCUAUCUAUCGAUCUAUCUCAGUCAGUUCAUAUCUAUCUAUCUAUCUCAGUCAGUUCAUAUCUAUCUAUCUAUCUAUCUAUCUAUCUCAGUCAGUUCAUAUCUAUCUAUCUAUCUAUCUAUCUAUCUCAGUCAGUUCAUAUCUAUCUAUCUAUCUAUCUAUCUCAGUCAGUUCAUAUCUUUCUAUCUAUCUAUCUAUCUCACCACUAUAAUCAAAUCCUAUGUGCUGGUGUCUGGGCUGUGGGUUCCUAGGAACUGA